AUGGGGGCCCAGAUACAGCUUGAGAGUUACCCUAUUCAUUCAAGUGUCAAGGACAAAUUGCAUCCAGAGUACGUGGCGUGGUAUAACAAGUACCUUUUACAUCAGCAGCCCGCGCACCAGUUGCCUAUUUCCGUUUCCAGAGCUGCAAGGAGUGCCGCUGUUUCCAGCAGCGAUCCCCUGCCUGUCGGCACGGUUCAAGAUCUUUACGUUUCACGCCGGGAUCGUGGCCCAGACAUACCGAUACGAUGCUUCAUCCCUGAAGGAGCGCCACCAAGCAAUGGGUGGCCAUUGGUUCUAUAUUUUCACGGGGGAGGGUGGGUGUUCGGCAAUAUCGACUCGGAGAAUACUAUAUGCACGCACAUCUGUGUCCGCGCGAGGGCUGUGGUAAUUACAACUGAGUACAGGCUCGCUCCAGAGUCACCUUGGCCGGGACCUGUUCACGAUGCAUGGGAGGCCCUCCUUUGGGCGACAACAAGCGGAAGAGAUAAGUUUCAACUUGAUCUUACAAAGAUCGCUGUUGGGGGCUCGUCGGCGGGAGCAAACAUUGCGGCCGUGUUGACUCAGAAUGCUGUGCUGCGGCCACAACCGGGAUCAACUAUUGUAUCACAGUUCUUGAUCGUGCCGGUAACUGAUAACACGGCCACACCGUGCUCGAAUCCAACAUGGAAGUCGUUGGAAUUCACGGCUGCUCUUCCAGCGGAAAAGAUGCUUUGGUAUCGUCGCAAAUACCUCCCCGACUCAGCAACUUGGUCGGACAGGGAAGCCUCACCCCUCCUGGCAUGUGAUGAGAUCUUCCGACGACUUCCCACCGCGAACAUCAUCGUGGCAGGACUGGACGUCCUGAAGCAUGAAGGAGAAGAAUAUGCCCGGAAACUGAGAGCCAAUGGAGUGUCAGUCGAGUUGACGGUUAUGGAUGGAAUGCCACACCCGUUUCCUGCCAUGGAUGCUGUCCUUGAAGCAGGCAAGAGUGCCAUCACGAUCACUUGCGACAGCCUGAGCCGGGCGUUUGCAUGAUAGGCAUCAUCUUGGGCUCGUGGGCACGGCGGCCGUGGGCGUUGGUGUGGUCGAGGUCUCCUUACUACAAUAUACCCUAUGGGUGGUUAUCUCAAUUUCAUCACGAGCACAUCGAGACAAGCACAACUAGCAGCAGCAAGCUGAAUAGAUUUCCUGUUCAAUCAAUGAUAUGAGCCACCUUCCCUGGU